UGCCAGCGAAGAUCCAAGAUGGCGGACAGCCAUCAAGAAAAUGAAGAUAAUACAGGCAUUCCAGAUACAAACGAAGGGGAUUCCAACGACGUCGAAGACGCAGAUGAAGAUCUACAGGUUGACCUAGAUCUAGGUGAACUGGACCUCACGUCUCAAGAUGAAUUUAUUUUAGACGAAGUUGAUGUGCACAUACAAGAAAAUUUAGAGGACGAGUUGGUAAAGGAAGCUUUGGAAAAAGGAGUAGACCUCCGGCAGUAUUCAAGACAGAUUGAGGGAGACCUACAUGAGGUUGAAAAUGCAUCAAUUCUGGACUAUAUCAAAGAGAGUGAGAAUAUUGCAAGCCUUCACAACCAGAUUGCCUCCUGUGACACGAUUCUUGCAAGUAUGGAAAAGAUGCUCACAAGUUUCCAGGAAGAUCUUGGUAGCAUAAGCUCAGAAAUCCAAACUCUCCAAGAACAGUCUUUAUCAAUGAACAUAAAGCUAAAGAAUAGACAGGCUAUCAAGGGUGAAUUGAGUCAGUUUGUUGGUGACAUAGUGGUACCACCCUCCAUGAUUACACACAUUAAUGAGACACCAGUGACAGAGCAGGCAUUCAUUGAACAACUGCACGAGUUACACCACAAGAUCGACUUUGCAAAGGAGCAAUCUUUUAAAGGGGCUCUCUCGGUCAAUGAUGUGGGACAUAUACUGGAGAUGCUGAAAGGCAAGGCAGUGCACAAGAUACGAGACUAUGUGUUGCAGAGGAUAUAUCAAUUUCGUCGCCCGAUGACUAAUUAUCAGAUUCCACAAAAUGCCUUGCUCAAAUUUAGGUAUUUUAAUGAAUUUCUUAUGGCGCAUCAUCGUCAAGUUGCGAGGGAAAUAAAGGAUGAGUACAUCGACACCAUGAGCAAGAUUUAUUUCUCAUAUUUUAAAACGUACAUUUCCAAACUUCUCAAGCUGCAGUUUGAAGAACAGGCGGAUAGAGACGACCUUAUGGGAAUAGAGGAUAACGCUAAGAGAGGUAUUUUCUCUGGAAGAGUUGCUUUAAAGAAUCGUUCCACAAUUUUUACUCUAGGAAGCCGUGGCAGUGUUUUAACAUCAGAGUUAGAAGAACCCGUGAUCGUGCCUCAUGCGGCGCAAAAGAGCGAAAAGAAGCACUCCUUUGAAAGUCUGUUUCGCAGCAUGCACUUUGCUUUACUGGAUAACAGCUGCCGUGAAUACCUAUUCCUAGCUGACUUUUUCAUGGUACAGAAAAACUCAGCAAGAGAUCUGUUUACCGCUGUGUUCGGCAAAACAUUAUCCUUAUUUCUGAAACAAAUGGACACAUAUUUGGAGAGCUGUUUUGACGCUAUUGGAAUCUUCCUGUGUAUACACAUUGUACACCGAUACAGAAUACUGAUGCACAAGAGAAGCGUCCCGGCUCUGGACAAGUAUUGGGACACAGUGCUGGAAAUGUCAUGGCCACGUUUCACGUACGUAGUAGAGUUAAAUGUUGACAGUGUCCGUAACACAGAUCCUCAAAGACUUGGAGUGAUCGACAUCAGACCACAUUACAUAACCCGUCGAUAUGCAGAGUUUUCUGCCGCGAUUGUCAGCUUGAAUGAAAGUUUUCCAGAUGAGAAGGUAAACAAAGUCCUUGCAGCUUUACAAGUCGAGGUCGAGAACUUCAUUUUGCGCAUGGCCGCCGAGUUUCCUUUAAGGAAAGAACAGCUUAUUUUCCUAAUCAACAACUACGAUAUGAUGCUGGCUGUUUUACUGGAGAGAACAUCUGAAGACUCCAAAGAGGUGGAAAGUUUUCAGCAGUUACUCACGGCCAGAAUUCAGGAGUUUGUUGAAGAGGCUCUCUCUCCCGCUUUUGGUGGAAUGGUUGCCUUCGUUAAAGAGACAGAGCCUCUUUUGGAACGAGGACAAGGACAAGUUAUCAGGCCAGAUGAAAAACGCAUUCAACAACUUGUGCGUGGUUUCGCAUCGGACUGGAAAAGGUCAAUUGAAAAUAUAAAUCAAGAGAUAAUGAGAUCGUUCUCCAACUUCAAGAAUGGUACAACAAUUCUGCAGGCUGCUCUAACACAACUGAUCCAGUAUUAUCACAGAUUUCAGAAAAUUUUAUCUCAACAUCCUUUUAAACGGCUUCCGAUCCGGAGUGAACUGAUUAACAUUCAUCAUGUGAUGGUGGAGGUCAAAAAACACAAAACAACGUUUUGAAUAAUUAACAAGGCUUCUGAACGAAACAUCCAAGCUCCCUCUCUAGGUUUCUUGCCAGUGAAGGGAUAUCGGACUACAGUAGUCAUACUACGAUAAGCUACAAACAGUUUUACAAUCAGCCACGACAAAAGCAUCUAGAAAACCUGUUCUGGUACUUUAAACCACAUGAGGGUUUUUGUGUUCAAACGUCGAACUUUCAGCAACCCGAAACUUAUACCUUGAUUAAAAGCAUGAGAGGUUGUUUGUUUGAAUAAAUUAAGCACGGCGUUUUAAAUUGCAACGUUUGAGCCGUAUUUCCUUUUAAGUUCAGCUGCGAAUUUCGAUUUUUGAAUGGGUCUGGUUCCAGAAUAUUUCAUGUUGAAAACCCUAUGCGUAAUCCAAAAGAACAGACAUUUGUAAGGUCAAACGUUCUCACUUUCAAGAAAGUCCAACACUUUGAAAAUUUUUGUUUUCCCAUUAUUGGCUAAGUUUGAAAACUUCUCUCAGAAAUGAUAUGCGUAAUGGUUAGAAAUUGGGUCCACAAUUUAAUGACAAAUUUAGAUUGAAUAAAGGGCAAUUAAGCAUGUUAAAGAUCGUUGACGUGCAAUGUCUUAGAGAGGUCUGAUAUCAUGCCAAGUGAAAACCAUAGUAAGUAAAUAAAAUCUUUGAAAAUGA